UUCCUGAUGAUGCAAAACAUGCGCCAUUUCAUGCCAUCACUUUACCAGAAAAGUUUGAGCUUGAUUCCUUGGAAUUGGAUGAUUAUGAUAAGGACUUGUGUGAGGAUUCUUAUCUCAAGAGCAAGGAUGAGAUUACUUUGUCAGAGCAAAUUCCAACUGGAAAAGAUCAAUAUGUUGUCAUCCGAGUUCACGAGUAUGAUUUUAGGGCUUCGUCGUUCAUAGAAGAUAAUUCAAGAUCUGGGCAAGUGCCAAUGGAGGAAGAUAUUCCUCUUCCUGUUGAAGUGGAUGCAACUGCUGGUUCUGAGUAUCCUUCGCCUCCUAAUCAGUUAGCAGCAGAUGAUGGAAUUAUCGGAAAUAGCAGUCCGCAAGAUUUACCUAGUAUUGAAAUCAUGCGUGAUGCUAGACAUGGUUUUGAUUUCAACAAUUCACCAAUAUUGCCUGAUCGUGUUGAACCCGACAAAUUCCUGGAAGAGCAAAUCAAUAAAGAUAAGGCGAACUGCACUCCAGUUACAGAAGAAGUAUUGUUGCCUGAUGACCGCUUCUCUUCACCCGAGAAUCAUGAAGAACAACAUUCUCUAAGGCACUUGGAUUCUCCAAUGCUUUUUGUCCACCAGUCACCUGAAAUGGAAAUCCAACCAACCCCACCUGUUACACAACGAGUUGUUAGAAAAAGGAAGAGAAAGCAGUAUUUUGACAAGUCUCCUGUAUUGAGCAACAAACAUGUGAAAAAAGCACUAGAUGACACCGACGACACCCGCCGGAAUAGGAGGAACUGUCCUUUAUCUUCUCUUGCGAUCUUCAAACAAAACAUGAGGUUGCAAUUAAAAAAGAAUGGUCUCCCUUGUCAGACCUAUGUAACUGGAUGUUGUCUUGCACUGUUGAGUUUAUACGAGGAAGGCAACAUCUCUGUUCAUCAUAUGGUUACUACAGAAAAAACACCCCAAGAGAUGAGUGCUGAUCAGGCCCUUUCACCUAGUCAUGAUCGUGACAGAGAGAUUGAAGUUCUUCGCAAUAAUGAGGGAGCUUCACCAGAUAGAUUUAUGUCUUCUUUCUCCAUGGCCGUGCCUUCUCCACAUGGGAGGAGCUAUUUCACUCCUGAAAACUCCAGUUUUGGUUUGCAAUCAGAAUGUCUUGAAACAAAUGAUGGGGAUAGUGUAUUACCUACUUCAGACAUGGGAACAUCUCCUCGGGAUCUAGACUCAGAAAUGAGAACCCCAGAUACAUUCUUUGGGAAGGGGUUGCCUGAGCGCACAGCCCUUUCUGACAUUCCUGAGCUGGCGUCUUCUGCAGAAGAGCUUGGGUUUCUAGAACAAGAUGACAAUUUUCCUGCUGGAUCUCAAGGAACACCAGAAUUUGACAUCUUCUCAUAUAACCAGGGGACCCCGGAAUUGCAAGCAUUAUCUUCAAGAACAAGGGCUGUGGCUCAGUACUUGAAAAAGCAGUCCUCUAUAACCCCUACCUCAGGGAACUCACAAGAAUCGUCGGAAGAUCUCAGCUUGAACAAGAUUCUUGAAGGCAAACCCAAAAAAAUAUGCGCUCGGAUGUUUUAUGAGACCCUGGUUCUGAAGAAUUAUGGGCUUGUAGAUGUACAUCAAGAGAAUCCAUAUGAUGAUAUCAGUCUGAAGGUUACUCCUAAGCUCUCCAAGGGACAAUUCUCCGGUUGAAAACAUGUGAUAGUUAUUCAUGUAAAUAGG